ACAGCUCUAUAAGAGUCACCUAGACAAGUCAAGAGAGAGAGAUAGUUCUGACUUCUGACAGAGACUCAUGGCGGAAGCUUGCGGAGUGAGAAGGAUUAAGCUAGGAAGCCAAGGCCUUGAGGUAUCGGCGCAAGGUCUUGGUUGCAUGGGUCUCUCUGCUUUCUACGGUACUCCCAAGCCGGAAACCGAAGCUAUCGCUCUCAUCCACCACGCCAUUCACUCCGGCGUCACUUUCCUUGACACCUCCGAUAUCUACGGUCCUGAGACCAACGAGCUUCUCCUCAGCAAGGCUCUCAAGGAUGGGGUGAGAGAAAAAGUGGAACUUGCGACCAAAUAUGGAAUCAGGUAUGCAGAGGGGAAAGUAGAGUUUAAGGGAGAUCCUGCUUAUGUAAGAGCUGCGUGUGAGGCUAGUUUAAUGCGAGUAGAUGUUGCCUGCAUUGAUCUCUAUUAUCAGCAUCGAAUUGAUACUCGUGUCCCUAUCGAAAUCACUGUAAGCACUCUUCUUGUCAAUCUUCCUUCAUGGUUUUGCAACUUUCAAAUGAAAUGGAAGUUAUAUAGUUCCUCUCACUUCUCAGUGAGCUUCACACAUGUGGCUAGAGACAUGUUGGGACUAAUAUAGAGUCGAAGAGUUUAGCUUUCAGAACUAUGUUUUCUGCUUGGGUCACUCUUUCUGAAAUUACUAGCUUAUUCAUGAAGAACCAUUGUCUGGUGAAAUGAUCUUAUCAUCUCCCUUAGAAUUUUUCGUUUGAAUAGACUCCUUUAGGUUUGACUCUGAGCUCACACUUCAUGACCUAUAUUGAAAGCCAGCAACUUUAGCUGAACUUGACAAUCUCUUUUGUCUGUCAAUUUCAAAGAUUGGAGAGCUGAAGAAGCUAGUUGAAGAAGGUAAAAUAAAGUAUAUCGGUUUGUCUGAAGCUUCAGCUUCAACUAUCAGAAGAGCACAUGCUGUUCACCCGAUAACCGCUCUGCAAAUAGAAUGGUCCUUAUGGUCGAGAGACGUGGAAGAAGAUAUAAUUCCAACCUGCAGGGAACUUGGGAUUGGAAUUGUUGCUUACAGUCCUCUGGGACGAGGUUUCUUUGCUUCAGGACCCAAGCUUGUUGAGAACCUAGACAAUAAUGACGUCAGAAAGGCAAACUCUACCAAGAUUCCAACAGGAAAACUUAGACCACAACAAGAUUCUCUUUGAGAAGGUUUCUGCAAUGUCUGAGAAGAAAGGAUGCACUCCUGCACAACUAGCCCUUGCAUGGGUUCAUCACCAGGGAGAUGAUGUUUGCCCCAUCCCAGGAACCACUAAGAUUGAAAACCUCAACCAGAACAUUGGAGCUUUAUCAGUGAAACUUACUCCCGAAGAGAUGUCUGAGCUCGAAUCCCUUGCACAACCAGGUUUUGUGAAAGGAGAAAGAUCCAUUAGCAUCCUGACCACGUUCAAAAACUCUGAGACUCCACCAUUGUCUUCUUGGAAAGCCGCUUAAAAUCGUCUGAGUUUCUCUGAUUGUUGUGGGGUUCAUGUCAUUUAAGUGGUCUAAGUUAUGUCAGCUAGAUCAAGGUAAUAAAAGUGCUGUGUCUUCGAGAGUGGAUUAUGGUAGGUUCAUUCCCAGGGAAAGCCAAAACUAUCAAGGGUUGAUGCCUUUAAGAGUAAAUAAUGUAUAGAGUUCCCCAAGUGAGAACUUCAAUUUACAUUUCAUACAUUUUGACCAAACUCUAUAAAGAAAGUUAUGUUUAGACUUUUUUUUUGCUAAAAAUGUUAAUUUUCAUUAUAUGAAU